AUGACAUCAAAUAUGAAAUCAAGAAUGUCUGUUAGUGGUGGUGGUGGUGGUGGUGGAGCAAGCUCUACAAGUACAAGCAGUCUGUCAUCGACUUCAAGGUUGAAUCAACCUGUAAAACAUGAUAUGUCACCUAUUGAUUUUGAUUCAGAAAAAGAUUUACAGAAGCAAAUGGAAGAGAUAUCAGCAGAGUUUAAAUUGAAAGAAUCUAGAGAUUGGUCGUUUCGAUACAAGGCACUCAUUCAACUACAGAGAGUAGUUGCAGGUAAUGCAGUGGAGAUGAAAAACUUUGUGGUUUUACUACGUCAGAUGAGUCCGGGUUUGGUAGAGCAGGUCACAGAGUUGCGAUCUACUAUUGUCAAAGAAGCUUGUGCAGUUGUCUCACAAGUCGCCACACGACUCAGGAGUCGAUUCGAACCACUCGCUCUCCUCUAUAUGAAUGCGCUUCUAAAGGUUGUAGUUGUAAAAGUUACAAUCAUAGCUGAAGCAGCACACAAUGCAAUAAAGUCUAUACUCAAUUCCGUGCAGACUAAAACACUGCUGGCGAACAUACUGAUCGCGUCUGGAGACCAGCACAAUGAAGCGCUAAGACGUCGCGCUUCAGAGUAUUUACUCAUUAUUUUGGGUCGUGCUAUCGAUGAGCCCGAUAUGGUGCUCAUGUCGUCGGUCGCAGCAGUGGAGGCUGCUAUAUCGCGUCUGCUUGUCGAUGGUGGUUCCGACAUUCGCGCCAACACCCGACUUUGUUUUUGGGCAUAUCUCGAGUUGAGUGAGGAGAGAGCAUUGGCAAUGCUCUACGAAUACACACCCACCACACAAAAGAACCUCUUUUCAAUGAUCAACACACUACCACCAUCACAACACCAAUUGGCGCUCAAAAUCCAACAGGCGUUGCUCGAAGAAGAUCAAGAUCAACAACUAAUGACAGAAUCAACAGAUUUGGAUUUUGACAUGAAUGACUUUAAAAAAGAUCAGUCAACAACAACAACAACUACAACCUCUAGUUCGAUACCAACAUCGCGCGCCAAGACACCGACUGGUGGAUCAAGUAUACCAACAGGUAGACAGUCUGGUUUGAAAGGAAAGAUUAGUACAACAACUACUACUACUACAACAACACCAACAGGUUUAUCGUCUUCGACAUCAUCUAAGCCAUCAUCAUCGACUGCAAGUGGAUCAUCAUUGAGAGGUGCAUCUACUUCAUCUACGGUGAGAAGUAAGAGCAGUCUUGGAAUGACAAAAACAACGACUACUCCUGUCAGUUCGACAAGUUCGAGAGCAUCUUCUGCCAGUCCAAACGUAUCGUCAUCGAAUCUCUCUGGUCGAUACAGUAGCAUUGGUAGUAGAAUCUCACAGCCUACCACCGGUAAGCCAACACUUGCACAGACACUCAAGAGCUCACAGACAAAGUUGGCAGCUAUCACCAACUUACAACAGAAACAACAACAACAACCAGCUUCACUUACAAAAUCAAAGAGUAGUACUUCACUUGGUGGUACAUCAUCAACUUCCACUCCAUCGUCAUCAACAACAACAACAUCAUCAUCAACUAUUUCAAAGAGAACAACAUCACCUUCAUCAACAACAAAAACAACCUCAGCAUCAUCACUAUCGAAAUCAACUGUAAAUCCAACUACCACUUCAAAUUCACUCACUAAAUCAAUUCGACCAUCUACAACAACAUCAACAGCAUCAUUAUCAAAGAGUACAAUAGGAUCAACAUCAUUACCAUCCACUUCAUCCACACCAACUAAAACACCGGUUACCUCUGUCACUUCAACAACCACAUCAUCAUCACCAACAGUAGCAAGACUCAAUGAGAAAAUGAAGGCAUUGUCCACUUCCACCUCAGCAAGCAAACCGACUACCUCUGUAGCCAAACGAGCAUCAAAGGAGAUCGAUGAACACCUCCUAAAAGAAGCAGAGAGUAUAUUGGAUCGAGAUGUUCAAGAUAUUGGCGAUGUCGACGAUCUCAUCAAGUAUAGUAACACCAUUGUCGAAUCACUUGCCAAGAUCGAUAUGGAGAUAGACUCACUCCAGGAUUCACAAUUCAAUGAGAUAUCCGAUGCCCUGGCAACAAACAUUCGUGAUGCCAAACGUGGAUUAUCACUCAUUGACGAUGAUCCAAACAAUGAAUUGAAAUUAGAAGACUUGGAAUUGGAUGACAACGAUGACGAUGAUGAUGAUAACAAUGACAAUGACAACACCAAUACAAGACAAAAGAAUUUAAGUAGAAGUAGCAGUAUUGGUGAACUUGCAUUGCGUGGUGGUGGUGGAAGUACACUACGUAGACAGAAUAGCAAUGAAGAUUUCAAUUGGAUAGAGGACUCUGUUGAUCAGACAAUGAUUGGUGAUGAUCUAUUAGAGUUUGAUGACAAUCAGUUGUUGGACGACCAACUGACCAAUCAUCAUCAUCAUCACCUCAAUGGUAAAAAGAAAAACGAUAGACACAACUUGAUCACUGACGACGAUGACGAUAUCUACGACGUCGAUGAUAUUCAACUAAACUUCAAGUCACCCUCUAGUAAUCUUAGUAGUAACAAUAACAGUAACAGUAGUUCCACAAACAACAGUACCAACAAUAGUAAAAGAAAUAGUUUAAAUUUGGAUUUAGAAUUAGAGUUGAACAGUUAA